AUGAAGCAAGAAAACCCUGUGUACAGAGAUUCCUUGGGUUUUGUAUAUGGGAAUGUUUUGCCUCCCCUGCAUCAUAAUCCAGGUGUUGGACCCAUCCUCAAGGUCGUGUCGGGCACAUGUGUUCAAGAACACACUCUUCUCUUCACCAUGAUGUACCAUUCAAAGCAAACUGUUGGAAAUAGUGGAUGA